UCUCUGUCUGUCCUCCUCCCUCCUCCUGCUCCGGGCGGAGCCCGGCAUGGGGGGGCCGGCGCCCGGCAGGCCAGUGGAUCCGGGACCCAGGGAGGGCCAUCCCCCGGGCCUGGUGGCACUGAGCAGGGUCCUCCAGCCCCCACCUCCUGCCCCACGACAUGAACCUCCUCUACCGAAAAACCAAGCUGGAGUGGAAGCAACAUAAGGAGGAGGAGGCCAAAAGGAGCUCCAGUAAGGAGGUGGGUCCUGCAGGCCCGGCGGGGCCUGGGACCAGCUCAGGGCCUGGGGUCCGAGUGCGGGACAUCGCCUCGCUGCGCCGCUCCCUCAGGAUGGGUUUCAUGACGAUGCCCGCCUCCCAGGAGCACACGCCCCACCCCUGCCGCAGCGCCAUGGCCCCACGUUCGCUUUCCUGCCACUCUGUGGGCAGUAUGGACAGUGGAGGGGGUGGGCCUGUAGAUGGCGGUGGGGGUCUCAUGGAGGACAGCAGUGCCCGAAGACCCCCAGCGAAACCACGGAGACACCCCAGCACCAAGCUCAGCAUGGCAGGGUCGGGGGCAGAGAUGCCCUCCAGCAAGAAAACAGGCUCACAGAAGCCGACCCCAGAAAGUCGAGAAUCCAGCCGGAAGGUUCCUCCACAGAAACCCAGGCGAAGUCCCAACACCCAGCUUUCUGUCUCCUUCGAUGAGUCCUGUUCCCCAGCCCCCUCGUCUCGAGGGGGAAACUUGCCCCUCCAGCGCCUCAGCCGGGGGUCACGUGUAGCUGGGGACCUUGAUGUGGGUGCCCAGGAAGAAGAGCCCGUAUACAUUGAGAUGGUGGGGGAUGUCUUCAGGGGAGGAGGAAGAAAUGGAGGGUGUCGGACUGGGCCCCCUCUUGGGGGUGGAGGCCCAACCCCUCCAGCUGGUCCCGACUCAGACUCUGAAGAGAGUGAAGCCAUAUAUGAGGAAAUGAAGUACCCACUGCCCGAGGAGGCAGGGGAAGGCCGGGCCAAUGGGGCCCUGGUACUGACAGCAACAUCCCCCCCGCACCAGCCUCAUAUCCUUCAACCCCACACCCACCGCCGUCCAGCUUCAGCCCUUCCGAGCCGGAGGGAUAGGGAUGGGACACCCACCAAGACCACCCCUUGUGAAAUCCCCCCGCCUUUCCCCAACCUCCUUCAGCACCGCCCUCCACUCCUGGCCUUCCCCCAAGCCAAGUCUGCUUCCCGAACCCCUGGCGAUGGGGUAUCAAGGCUUCCGGUCCUCUGCCACUCCAAGGAGCCAGCUGGCUCGACCCUAGCUCCCCAAGUGCCUGCACGGGAGCGAGAGACGCCUCCCCCACCGCCUCUGCCUCCUGCUGCCAACCUGCUGCUGCUGGGACCAUCGGGCAGGGCCCGGAGCCACUCAACACCGCUGCCACCCCAGGGCUCUGGUCAGCCCCGGGGUGAGCGGGAGCUCCCCAACUCCCACAGCAUGAUCUGCCCCAAGGUGGUGGGGGUGCCGGCAGCCCCCUCCACCCCGGCUGCCUUGCUCCCUGGCCCCCCCAAGGACAAGGCUGUGUCUUACACCAUGGUGUACUCGGCAGUCAAGGUGACCACACACUCUGUCCUGCCAGUGGGCCCACCCCUGGGUGCUGGGGAACCAAAGACGGAGAAGGAGAUCUCAGUCCUCCAUGGGCUGCUGUGCACCAGCUCGAGGCCUCCCGUGCCAGGGAAGUCCAGCCCCCAUAGCGGGGCCGUGGGGGCAACAGCUGGGGUCCUCCACCACCGAGGGUGCCUCGCCCCUCCCCACAGCCUUCCGGACCCAACUGCGGGCUCCCUGACUCCCCUUUGGACUUACCCAGCUGCAGCAGCUGGGCUCAAGAAACCCCCUGCCUAUGAGAGCCUCAAGGCUGGGGGGGUGCUGAAUAAGGGCUGUGGAGUAGGGGCCCCAUCCCCCAUGGUCAAGAUCCAGCUGCAAGAGCAAGGGGCCGAUGGGGGUUCCUUCGCCAGGAUCUCCUGUGCUCAUAUCAUCGCCAGUGCGGGGACACCAGAGGAGGGAGAUGAAGAGAUGGGUACCACAACGUUUGGGGCAAGCUGGGCUCUGCAGAGGAAGGUCCUGUAUGGAGGGAGAAAGGCAAAGGAGCUGGACAAAGCCGAAGAGAGUGCCCGGGCCUGGAAUGGCAGUGCCGAGGGUCCAGGCAAGGUGGAGCGUGAGGACAGGGGCCCAGUGGCAUCCGGAAUCCCAGUGAGGAGUCAGGGGGCAGAGGGCCUGCUGGCCAGGAUCCACCAUGGAGGGGAUCGAGGAGGAAGCCGCACAGCAUUGCCCAUACCCUGCCAGACCUUCCCCGCCUGCCACCGAAAUGGAGACUUCACUGGAGGCUACCGCCUGGGCCGCUCUGCCUCCACCUCUGGAGUCCGACAGUCCGCACUGCACCCGCCCCGGCCCUGCAGCCAGCCCAGAGAUGUCCUGAGCCAGACUCCCGCUGCGCUGCCGCUGCCGCUGCCGCUGCCCCUGCCGCACCAGCCUGCCCGUGAGCGUGAGCGGGACGGCAAGCUGCUGGAGGUGAUCGAACGGAAGCGCUGCGUCUGCAAGGAAAUCAAGGCGCGGCACCGGCCAGACCGAGGUCUGUGCAAGCAGGAGAGUAUGCCCAUCCUCCCCAGCUGGAGGCGGGGGCCUGAGCCCCGCAAGUCCGGCACCCCGCCCUGCCGCCGGCAGCACACCGUCCUCUGGGACACUGCCAUCUGA